AUGAAUGGCGAGGAGCAGUACUACGCGGCCACGCAGCUGUACAAGGACCCUUGCGCGUUCCAGCGGGGCCCGGCGCCAGAGUUCAGCGCCAGCCCCCCUGCGUGCCUGUACAUGGGCCGCCAGCCCCCGCCGCUGCCGCCGCCGCCGCCGCCGCCGCCUCCAUUCCCGGGCGCCCUGGGCGCGCUGGAGCAGGGCAGCCCUCCGGACAUCUCCCCGUACGAGGUGCCCCCGCUCGCCGACGACCCCGCGGUGGCGCACCUCCACCACCACCUCCCGGCUCAGCUCGCGCUCCCCCGCCCGCCGGCCGGGCCCUUCCCGGAUGGAGCUGAGCCGGGCGCCCUGGAGGAGCCCUGCCGCGUCCAGCUGCCUUUCCCGUGGAUGAAGUCUACCAAGGCUCACGCGUGGAAAGGCCAGUGGGCAGGCGGUGCCUACGCAGCGGAGCCAGAGGAGAACAAGCGGACGCGCACCGCUUACACUCGCGCGCAGCUGCUGGAGCUGGAGAAGGAAUUCCUGUUCAACAAAUACAUCUCCAGGCCGCGCCGGGUGGAGCUGGCCGUCAUGCUGAACUUGACAGAGAGACACAUCAAGAUCUGGUUCCAAAACCGCCGGAUGAAGUGGAAAAAGGAGGAGGACAAGAAGCGCAGCGGCGGGACCGUGGCCGCGGGCAGUAGGGACGCGGAGCCCGAGCAGGACUGCGCGGUGACCUCGGGCGAGGAGCUGCUGGCGCUGCCGCCCCCGCCGCCCCCCGGGGCUGCUGUGCCGCCCGCGGUCCCCGCCGUCGCCCGGGAGGGCCGCCUGCCGCCUGGCCUUAGCGCGUCGCCUCAGCCUUCCAGUGUGGUGCCUCUGCGACCGCAAGAAUCUCGGUGA